UGGGCUUUAUUAGAGAGUUUCUGACAAGUUCUGAGUCUGUUCUCUGAUAUCUGGACCAGAACCGGGCCCUGGAAGGGCCCUAAAUGUUUUGUACUGGAGAAUCAUUUUCCUCUGCGCUGCAUCAACUGAUCUGAAACUUUGUCCCCUUCCUACCUGAGUCCCCCACCAGCAUGAAGGCAGGAGGGUCUGCAGCUCAGCGGUUCCUCCUGACUGAAGGUGGAUCGUCCUCAGAACUUUGGUCAGAACAGGAUUUGGACUCAUUUCCGCUGAUGAGAGGCCCCGCCCACUCCAAGGAAUAGUUAAAAAGACAAUAAAAAUAUUCGAGUAAAGGAAGAAAUUCACGUGUUCCUCUUCAAAACCAUAAUAGAAUCACAAAUCGGAUGAAUGUUUGCUUUUCGGUUGCCAUGGUGACUGACCGGAAGAGCCUUUGGGCUGAAACUCCACUCAGACCUCAUUAUUGUUUUUUUCAUUCUCUUUGAAAUGUUUGUUCUUGUUUACUGCUUUGUUCUGAGCCGUUUACAUUUACAAAUGAAUGUAACCUGAAAUGGUUUGUGCCGUUUGAUCGAAACUGCUCUCAAAAAAAGAAGCUUUUAUUUUGUCAGGAAGUAGUUCUCUGUUUCGCGGUGUCUGCCUUGACGUCAUCAGAAGGCGUUCCGUGUCUCCGCUUCCGCUCGUUUCUUUUUUCCGGUAAACUUUCUUGUUGUUGUUUUUUUGACGUCACUCCGCGUUAACGCCGCGUGCGCUCGCGGCUCUUCCUACCUGUCGCCGCGUGCAGAAGAACCGUCACCGGAGCAGCAUGAGCGUCCAGCCCCGGAGGGUUCGGCUGAAGCCAUGGCUCCUGGCUCAGGUGAACAGCGGCAGGUAUCCCGGUCUGCAGUGGCUCGGUCCGGACCACCGGCUCUUCCAGAUCCCGUGGAAACACGCGACCCGCCACACGCCGGUAUCAGACGAGGAGAACACCAUCUUCAAGGCGUGGGCUGUAGAGACGGGGAAGUACCUGGAGGGGGUGGACGAGCCCGACCCGGCCAAAUGGAAGGCCAACCUGCGCUGUGCGCUGAACAAGAGCCGUGAGUUCCAGCUGAAGUACGACGGAACCAAGGAGACGCCACUGCAGCCGUACAAGAUCUAUGAAGUCUGCGAGCAUCCAGGUGUCACAGACGGGGCCGAGGAGGAGGAGGAGAUGCCCAACCUGAUGGACCUCAGCAUCAUAACAGACCUGGACCUGAAGUUCCAGUACCGAGGCACAACGAUGGGAUCCGAAACGGUCAGUAACCCCCAGGGCUGCAGGCUGUAUUAUGGACACCUGGAGCCCACCCCAGACCAGGUGGACCUGUUUGGUCCCGUCAGUCUGCAGCAAGUCCGGUUCCCUGGAACCUCUGAGAUCCAGAACCAGAAGCAGCGGUUCUACACAGAUGCCCUGUUGGAUGUCAUGGAUCGAGGUCUGAUCCUGGAGAUCCUGGACCAGGACAUUUACGCCAUUCGUCUGUGUCAGUGUAAGGUGUUCUGGUCUGGGCCAGGCCUGCCAGAACCAGGACCACCAAACCCCAUAGAGAGGGAGAAGAGGAUCAAAGUGUUCAGUCUGAACGACUUCCUUCAAGGUCUGAUUCUGUACCAGAAGGGCGAAGCUCCGAACCCUCCACCCUUCGAGGUCUACUUCUGCUUUGGCGAGGACUGGCCAGACAAGAAGCCCAAAGAGAGGAAGCUCAUCAUUGUCCAGGUGGUUCCGGUGGUGGCCCGGAUCCUAACGGAGAUGUUCUCUGGAGAAAUGAGUUGGUCCACGGACAGCAUCCGGCUGCAGAUCUCCAACCCCGACGUGAAGGACCAGACGGUGGAGCAGUUCAAAGAGCUGCAGAGACUCCUGCAGAGCCAGAACAUCCAGGGGCCCUGGACCGCCAUCGCCCCCUAAAGCCGCCCCACCCGAAAUCACUCCAGGGGCCCUGGACCCCCGUCGCCCCUAGAACAUUCAGGGCAGCGUGGUCUUUUCUGUGCCAAGUUUGAGCAGCUUAAGUCAAACUGCUGAGCGAUGAGUUCACGGUGAAGCUGGGAUUUCCGGAUUUUUACUGCUGCUUCAACAGACCUGCAUGUCCGGUACCCGAUAAUGACCUUCGCCAGAACACUUAGGACCACCCCCAAAGGAAAGACGAUGUCUUCAUAGAAACCUGUAUAUGACCCCCCCCCCCAAAGGAUGGUGGGGGGGGGGGGGG